GCUGCUCUGACUGACGACGACACGGACCAUACCAAACAGACUCAAGUCACCGACCUCGCUAGAGUGUUUGACGGCCGAUAAACGGGUUGGUGUGUCAGCACCUUAAGAACUCUGAACUAGGAAGGGUGGAGGCUGGGGUUGCCAGCAUCAGCAGCAGUGAGUGAAGCAGCAUCGGUGGAUGGGGGAACAGUGAGGAGGGAGUCAUAUUUAAAAGGAACGCCUUAAUGUGAGAAUGGCUGUGGUUGGAUUACAUAUCUCACCGGCUGUCUCGAUGGCUCUCCUGUACUGUGCUGUUUUGGUGUCUCUGUGUGUUUUUAAAUUUGCCUCAGUUACUGUUGUAGCUGACAUGGACUACGGAGGUGUUCCUUUGUGGAUUAAUCGCCUGCUGGGUGAGCCCAGUGUGAUGAGCCUGCAGGGACGAAUGGACCCAGCCUGGUUUCGAGCCAACAACCCCAAGGCCUGCCCUCAACAGUGUGACUGCCCCAUCCAGUGGCCCACGGCGCUCUACUGUGACCACAGAGGCCUGACAGACAUCCCUGAUAACCUGCCAGACAGAACUCAAUACCUGUUUCUACAGGGUAACAACAUCUCAACCAUGUCCUCUUCCUUUCUGGCCAACAUUACUGAUCUACGCUGGCUUAUCCUGGAUCACAACCAGCUGCAAAGCGACGUGCUGGACCAGGUUGCGCUGCAAAACCAGGCCCAGCUCUGCUACCUUUUUGUCAACCACAACCACCUGAGAUCAGUGCCCACUGCUCUACCAGCUGGACUCAAGCAGCUGCGACUGGCACACAAUCAAAUCAGCAGCAUCGGCCCUCGAGCUUUCCAGAACCUGCACAACCUGACGCAGCUGCUGCUGCAGGGAAACAGACUACAAACCAUCGCAGAGGGAGACCUCAAAGGUCUGGUCAGUCUGAACCUGCUGGAACUCAGUGGGAAUUUGUUCUCGUCUGUCCCCAGGCAUUUACCCCUUUCAGUCCAGCAGCUCUAUAUGUCUAAAAACACUCUUUCAGGACUAGAUGAAAACAGUUUUGUGAGAUUUCUCCACCUUAAGUACCUCCGUCUAAGUCACUGUGGUCUGGAGAGCAGCGGCAUCCACCUUCAGGUUUUCAACAUCUCUAGCUUGGUGGAACUGGACCUUUCUUAUAACAAACUUACAACCAUUCCUACAGUCCCCACCACCCUCCAGUACCUCUACCUGGAGGCCAAUGAAAUACAAGAGUUCAACGUGACCAGUUUCUGCAGAGAGGUGGGACCUCUGUCCUACUCUAGGAUAAAGUUCCUACGAUUGGAUGGAAACAAAUUGUCCUACCAACAGCUGCCAUCUGACUGGGUAUUCUGUCUACGAGUGCUUGAAAGUAUUUACAUCUGAUUCACCUUCUGAACAUGCAACAAAAUAGGGUCACUGUAUAAGCUAGCCAACCUUAUCUAGAAAAAAGCGUGAUUCAACUCAAGGUUUUUAUUUUGUAGGCAACUUUCAAUUAUGAAGUCAAACAACUUAACAUUAUAAACCAGAGGAAAUUACUUUAAUUAAUUAUGUCUUCAGUACAUACCCAGGAAGUGAAGGAAAGACUGAUCUUCAAAUGAUGCCAAAGCUUGAACUUAUACUGUACAC